AUGUCUCUUAUUCAACAUGUCUCAUCGAUUGAAGGUGUUGAUCGCGAGCCACUUCCCGAUGCAGUGAUACCUCGAGGACAGACUGUCCGCAAAGCGCUAAGUUAUGAUGCGUUCCCUCGGCCGAACGAAGAUGAUCUACAACCCAGCGUUGCUGCGUACAAAGUUCCUCUGACUAAACGGAUAGCGCAGGUAGUCGCGACGACUUUGGCCUGUUGGCUCGCAUCAGGGAUUGUUUUUGGUUUUGCGGCGCUAAAGCCGGUACUUCUGUCAGAAGGAGUUUAUGAGUGGCUAUGUGAUAGCGACGAAUUGGAGGAUGGCGUCGACGUGUGCUUCAAACAAGAGCUACAACUCAACCUCUUUUUUACAGUCGCCUCCAUCACCGCGAAUGUAUCUGCCUUACCGAUCGGAACGAUGCUCGACCGUUUCGGUCCACGAAUCUGCAACAUCAUAGGAUGUCUAUGCCUCGUCAUAGGCAGUCUUCUCAUGUAUUUCGCCUUCAAUAUACCCGAGUUCGACGGCUACGUGAUUGGGAAUUUGUUCUUAUCAUUAGGAGGCACUUGCAUCUUUGUCCCAGCCUUCCAGAUUGCGAAUGCUUUCCCAAAGAAGUCGGGUGUCAUAGUGGCAUUGAUCACUGGGGCGUUUGAUGCAUCCGCUGCCGUGUUUUUAUUCUAUAGAAUUGCAUACGAAACCACUAACCGCGCUAUACGGCCCGAAUACUUCUUCCUAGGCUAUUUAUCUGUGCCAUUAUUCAUCUUCCUAGAGCAGAUGUUCCUUUUACCGACGAAGCCCUACAAGACCGUGUUUCAAUUAGAGGAAAAGAUUGAAGCAGCACGAGACCCUUCGCGAGAUAUUCACGAAUCUGAUGAAGAAAUCUCAGACGAUAACGAAGUGGCAUCUAUACGAGCCGCGCGGCGCAAAAAGAGGCAGAACAAGCUCAAAAAUAUUGAUAAGGUUCUUGGUGGGCUAGAUGAAAGACAACAGCGUGAAGAACAAGAAGAGGAGCGGCAUGCCACAGCACGAGUCUGGGGUGUUCUCCAUGGCGAGCCGGUCCAGAAACAGUUCAUGUCACCAUGGUUCAUUCUCAUCACGCUACUGACCGUGGUAUUGUUUGUUCUGCUUCGGCCAUUAUACUACUCAGCCAUGUCUGACUACGCAACAAAGGUAUUCGGCUUUUCUACCUUUGGGCGUGUUUACGGCGCAAUAAUUUGCAUUUCUGGCGUUAUCAAUUUUUCACAAACUGGACUUGAUGCCUUGACUCAGGGGGCAUUGAAAGGCAAUCCAAUUCCGAUCAAUGGUGUUCUUGUGGUACUCAGCUUUAUUAUCGGAACCAUUCUUGUAGUGUUUGUUCAAGUUGAGAGUCGUCGAUGGCUAGCAGCAGAGUCGGAGGCUGAACAGCAGCGAUUGCUGGAUGAGGUGGAGGAGGAUUCCGAAGAGGAAUACGACUGA